AAAACGCAGAGAAAGAGAGAGUUUGAAAGGCAAGCGACUGUUCUUCCCCAAAUUCCCAAAACUAUCUCUCGAUUUCUUCUCAGUUUCUCGGAUGGCUCCGGGUUCGGAUGCUAAUGGCGGAGGGAAGAAGCGGCAGAAGAAAGGGAGGAACCUAUUCGAGGUCACCAAUGUCGCCGAAGCCACUCGCAUUCGGAUUGCGCAGAUUCUCGAGCAGUUCCGCGUUUCGGACGCUGAAGUGUACAAAUUUGAAGAAAACCUGACAAACCAAGAAAGGGCUGCUGUGCAUGCAUUAUCCCGGAAAAUGGGCUUGAAGUCCAAAAGUUCUGGGCGGGGGCAGCAACGUCGUAUUUCUGUGUAUAAGACCAAAAAGGCAGUUGGCUCAGUUAAAGGGAAGGAAAAUCUUGUUUCUUUCAGAUUUUCAGAAGGAGCUAAAUCUGUUUUACAGGAUUUGUUCACUCAGUAUCCCCCUGAUGAUGUAGAGAUGACUGAAAGUAAAGUUGGAGAAUGUAGUGUUAAAAAUGGCAAUGUACGGGGAACAAAAGACGACAUGUUUUGUAAACCAACAAUGAACAAGUCAGAUAUUGAGAACAAAGUGGAAUCACUCGCUUCUAAAAUAAAAAAGGUCCCAAACUUGAGACAGAUCACUGAGGAGAGAUCCAAGCUUCCAAUUGCAUCUUUCGAAGAUAAUAUUACAUCCACAGUAGAUUCUCAUCAGGUUGUGCUCAUAUGUGGUGAAACUGGAUGUGGGAAAACCACACAGGUCCCACAAUUUCUAAUGGACCAUGCAUGGGGUAAGGGAGAGACCUGCAAAAUAAUUUGUACACAGCCACGCAGAAUUUCUGCCACGUCAGUGGCUGAAAGGAUUGCUUCAGAAAGAGGUGAAAAUGUUGGGGAUUCUGUUGGAUACAAGAUUCGGCUGGAGAGCAAAGGUGGAAGGCAUUCAUCUCUUGUGUUCUGCACCAAUGGAGUUUUGCUCCGGAUUCUAGUCAGCAGAGGAAGUGGCAGAACAAAGAAAAAAGCCAAAAAAAAGUCGAAUAGCAUCUCUGACAUCACACACAUUAUUGUGGAUGAAAUUCAUGAAAGGGAUCGCUACUCAGACUUUAUGCUUGCAAUAAUCAGGGACAUGCUUCCUUUGUAUUCUCAUCUUCGUCUGGUAUUGAUGAGUGCCACAAUUGAUGCAGACAGAUUCUCGAAAUACUUUGGUGGCUGCCCAAUAAUUCAAGUUCCUGGCUUUACAUAUCCUGUAAAAUCUCUCUACCUAGAAGAUGUACUAUCUAUUGUGAGAUCUCCAGAAAACAAACACACGAAAUUGGAUGAGUUUAUCAAAAACUCUUCCUUGAGUGAUGAGCAUAAGGUUGCUCUCGAUGAGGCUAUUGACUUAGCUCUGUCGAAUGAUGAGUUUGAACCCCUCCUUGAGUUAAUAUCUUCAGAAGGGAGUGCUGGCCUUUUUAAUCACUCGCACUCCAUAACUGGUGUAACGCCACUGAUGGUACUUGCUGCGAAGGGACGAGUUGGUGAUGUUUGCAUGCUUCUCUCGUUUGGUGCGGACUGCAAUUUACAGUCAAGGGAGGGAAAGACUGCUUUAGAUUAUGCUCAGCAAGAUAAUCAUACUGAAACUGCUGAGAUUAUCCAAAAGCAUAUGGAGAAGACAUUUAAGUACUCCGAUGAAGAGCAGCAAUUACUUGACAAAUACAUAUCAAAUGUUGACCCUGAACUAAUUGAUUGCGUGCUUAUUGAACAGCUGUUGAGGAAAAUAUGCAGUGACUCAAAGAUCGGGGCUGUUCUUGUGUUUCUCCCUGGUUGGGAUGACAUAAAUCGAACACGUGAGAGAUUAGUAGCCAGCCCCUUCUUCAGGGAUCCUUCUAGAUUCGUAAUCCAUUCUCUCCAUUCUAUGGUACCAUUGGCUGAGCAAAAAAAAGUGUUCAAGCGCCCCCAGCCUGGCUGCCGUAAAAUUGUUCUUUCAACUAAUAUAGCAGAGACUUCUGUCACCAUUGAGGAUGUUGUUUAUGUUAUAGACAGCGGUAGAAUGAAGGAAAAAAGCUAUGACCCAUACAACAAUGUAUCGACUCUUCAUUCUUCUUGGAUUUCGAAAGCAAGCGUGAAACAGAGGGAAGGACGAGCAGGGCGUUGCCAACCUGGUAUUUGUUAUCAUCUUUUCUCAAAACUUCGGGCUGCUUCACUCCCAGAUUUCCAAGUGCCUGAGAUUAAGAGGAUGCCGAUAGAAGAGCUAUGUCUGCAGGUGAAGCUUAUCGAUCCAUCUUGUAAAAUCGAAGAAUUUUUGCAGAAAACACUGGACCCCCCUGUUUACGAGACGAUACACAAUGCAAUCAUUGUUCUUCAAGAUAUCGGAGCUCUAUCUUCUGAUGAGAAACUCACAGAUCUUGGCGAGAAACUUGGAGCCCUGCCUGUUCAUCCGCUCACAAGCAAGAUGCUAUUUAUUGCAAUACUAUUGAAUUGUCUCGAUCCAGCAUUGACAUUAGCCUGUGCUUCCGACUACAGGGACCCGUUCAUUCUACCUAUGUUGCCUAAUGAAAAGAAGAGAGCCCAAUUGGCUAAAUCAGAGCUGGCUUCCUAUUACGGAGGGAAUGGAGAUCAGUUAGCCGUAAUAGCAGCCUUUGAUUGCUGGAAAAUGGCCAAGGAAAGAGGUGAAGAAGCUCGGUUCUGUUCUCAGUACUUCGUUUCUGCGAGCACUAUGAAAAUGCUCUCAGGAAUGCGCAAGCAGCUUGAGACUGAACUUGUCCGAAAUGGUUUUAUGCCCGAUGAUGCUUCUCGGUGCAGUCUAAAUGCCUGUGAUCCAGGAAUCCUUCAUGCUGUUGUCGUUGCGGGUCUAUAUCCAAUGGUUGGGAGAGUGAUCCCGCACGGUAAGAGGACACUUGUCGAAACAGCUGACGGGAAUAAGGUGCGGUUGCAUCCUCAUUCAACCAAUGGAAAGUUGUCGUUCAAGAGAAAUUGUCCUGAACCUUUGAUUGUCUUUGAUGAAAUUACACGUGGAGACGGGGGGCUUCACAUUAAGAACUGUAGUGUUGUGGCUCCACUUCCACUAUUGCUACUGGCUACUGAGAUUGCCGUCAUUCCGGCUGAAAAUGACGAUGAUGAUGAUGAUGAUGGUGAAAGUGAAUCUGACGAUAACGAUGAUGAUAGUGAUGAGAAUGAUACAAUGUGUUCCGAAACACUGAAUUCCCACCGUGGUGAGAAGAUUAUGUCCUCACCCGGCAAUGUUGUUAAAGUCGUCGCUGAUCGGUGGCUUCCUUUCGAAUCGACGGCCCUUGAUGUCGCGCAGGUUUAUUGUUUGAGGGAGAGGCUUUCUGCAGCAGUUCUACACAAAGUGACACAGCCGCAAAAGAUCCUACCGGAACACCUGGGAGCCUCACUACACGCAAUAGCGUGCACUCUAUCCUACGACGGGAUGGCCGGGAUCUCAUUACCCCUUGAAGACUCUCUUGCUACAAUGGUCAUUGACCAGCCCAACAACUCUGGGAAGACAGCAAACCACCCCCCUAGAAACCACCUCAGGCACCAAAACAACACUCCCCAUUACCAACGCGGCGUUGUUUCUAUAAAAAACCGGCAUCACUCGUUGCCACACAACUCUACUCCGGCUAUUGGCACACCCUCCUCCCAAGGCCCUGUCUCCAGAGGUAACAUUUCCAAACGAAUGCGCGGUGGCAACAAGCGGAGCUGCUAAUGAGAUGCCGGCAACAUUCAAGUAAGUUUCUAUUCGGUACAAUUGAUGAUCCAUCUUUCGUCUUUAUAUUUUGUUUUCUAUAACGCCUAAGUAACGGUAAUGGUAAUGGUAAUGGUCAUGGUGACGGCGCGGUUUAGGGGUAUAGUCGUCAUCCCAAAAUACACUAGCACUAGGUUGUUAUAAUGUACAUUAUUUAUAGUUAUGUACAAUGGUUCUAUUAUGCCCAAGGGUUUCGACUUGUUCUCCUGUUUUAGGGUAGUGUUGUCAUUUCGACUAAUGAGUUUGUUUAACUAAACUCGACCGAUACACUAUUAUAUAUAUAUAUAUGUGGUUGGUUCUUA